CCGGCACGGAGGGUAAAAUGGCGUCGUUGCAAAAGAAGAAAGAUGGGAGUCCUAAUAACAAAUUCUUUGAAUCAGUGGAAACAAUUGCUCAGUUUGACUCCGUUAGAACAUGGCUGCACAAAAACGGGAGAAAGUACACUCAAGCCGAUCCACCCACCAACAAAGGUUUAGCCAGCCUAACAGUACAACUUUUACAGUUUCAAGAAGAAACUUUUGGCAAACAAAAUGCCAACCCACCACUUACAAAAUUACCUAUGAAAUGUUUUAUGGACUUCAAACCGAAUGGUGGCCUGUGUAAUAUAUUUCUUGCAGUGUUUAAAUUUAAAAGUGACCAGGGAUGGAGAAGAUUUGAUCUUCAAUCUCCAUCUAGAAUGGACAGAAAUGUAGAAAUGUUUAUGAACAUUGAAAAAGCUUUGAUUCAUAAUAAAUGUUUGACUUUGCCUGCCAUCCAUAUUCGUUCUGAUGUCGACAGAAUCCUUGUCCCCAAAUUGAAAGACAUCAUCAAACGACAUCAAGGAACUCUAGCUGAUAGUGCUGAUAAUGCUACUCACAUAGUGUACACACUACCAUCACAAUCUCCUCCAGAUGAAGACUUUUUCCGACCUAUAUUAAAACGAGAUAAAUAUACAAUGGUACAUUGGUGGUACACACCUGACAGUUAUGAUAUGUGGGUGAGUGAUCCACCUAUAGAUUAUGACCCAGAAACACCAAGUUCACAUCAAGGUCCAUGGGAGGUAACCGCUCGAUGGUUAUUAGAUUUAGAAGAAUUUAAUGAAUGGAUGAAUGAAGAAGAUUACUUGGCCGAAGAUGAAUUUAAUGGUGAGGUUCCUGGCAAAUCAAAAGACAAAGUUAAAAAAUCAAACCGACUUAAGCUUACAGUAGAUGAUUUAAAUUCAGACUCUGAAAGAAGAGAUAAAAAAGAUAAGAAAAGUAAAAGAAAAAGAUCACCAUCUCCUGUUCCUGAAAAAAAGAAAAGAAAAAGUGCUAGAACUCCAGGUGGUGCCAGUUCCACUAAGAAACGGUCAAUGAGAGAAGAAGAAGAGGAAGAAGAUUUAACAAAAGAUAUGGAUGAGCCAUCACCUGAACCUAAUAUACAGGAAAUACAUAUUGCUAAACAAGUUACAGGUUCUAGAAGUCAGAAAGAUAGUGAACUACAACCCAUUAAAGGUGCUACAUUGAUGGAUUUAGAUGAAGACACCAGUGACAAGGGAGACGAGAAAGGGGAAGCUACUCCAAUGAGUGAUGAUGGUUCUAAGAAAGAGAAAGAAGAACAAGAUGAUAAUGUGACAGAACAAACCCAUCAUAUAAUAAUACCUAGUUAUUCAGCCUGGUUUGAUUAUAAUUCAAUACAUGCUAUAGAAAAACGAGCAUUACCAGAAUUCUUCAACGGCAAAAAUAAAUCAAAAUCACCAGAAAUUUUUUUGGCAUAUCGUAAUUUUAUGAUAGAUACCUACAGAUUAAAUCCAACAGAAUAUUUAACAAGUACAGCAUGUAGAAGAAAUCUGGCUGGUGAUGUCUGUGCAAUUAUGAGAGUUCAUGCUUUGUUAGAACAGUGGGGUUUGAUUAAUUAUCAAGUAGAUGCCGAUUCAAGACCUACAUGUAUGGGACCACCUCCUACUUCUCAUUUCCAUAUUAUUGGUGAUACACCAUCAGGUCUAGUACCUAUUAACCCUCCUAGACUUAAUCAGCCAUCAGCAGCUCAACAGAUAGUAGAUCUCGAUAAAAAUAAAGAUAAAGAGGACAGUAGUAAAGAUAUGUCUAGUUUUGGUCUCAAAACAGAUAUUUAUGCCAAAAAAGCAAUGAAGGUUUCUGCAGCAGCAGCACUAGCAGCAGCUGCUGUUAAAGCCAAGGUUGGUCCAUAA